AUGGCCUGGCAGGCCUACUCCGGUGGGAGGAACACCUUUGGUGGCACGAGUACCUUUGUCGCCCUCGCUGACUUUACCGCCGCCGGCUACCCACAGGUCCUCGCUCGCGAUGGCACCCAGCUCAUCCUGUUCUCGCACACAGGCUCGUGGUCCUCGACCAUCAUCGCCACUGAGAGUUCCGCCAUUUUUGCCGCAGUUGCUGAUGACUUUGAUGGCGAUGGUGAUGUUGACAUCGCCUUUACAUCCGGCAUCUAUCUGUACCUGCGACUCAACAACGGUGCUGGCGUCUUUGGCUCGCCGAUCAACCUCCUGUCGUUUGUUUUCGCCAAAGACUUGCAAGCAAUCGACUGGAAUGGCGAUGGGUACAAAGACAUCAUUAUUACCCAGGACGGUCGAACCCAUGAGUUUGCGCUUGCUCUCAACGACGGCGCCGGCGCCUCGUUCUCACUUGCUGGCAACGCAGUUCCCACUUUUGAUUCUCAAGAGUGCCAGCUCGUCGACGUCGACCGAGACUCGGACCUUGACAUUGUCGUCUUUCGCGCAAGCGAGCUCAUCAUCGUUAUCAACGACAACGGCGGACCCCUGACUGAUAGUCACAUCGUUCUUGCGCCGCUUGACCCUUCGUCGACAGACACGCCGUCCACUGCCAUCGUCGAUCUCGACGGCGACGGAUCGCCUGAAUUCUAUGCCCUCUUCCAGGAGAAGCUAUUCACGCUCGACUUUUCCGGUACCGAGUUUGUCCUUGCUGUCAAGACUGCCGCCGUCGGAAUCAAGCUCAACACGGGCGACGUCGAUUCGGACGGCGACUCAGAUCUUAUGCUCGUCUACAACGACGAGUUGUAUUGGAUGGAAAAUGCAGGCGGAGGCGAGCUCCGUCGGCAGCGGAUGGUAUCCAACGCUGGCGUAACCAUCGACACGUUUGGUGCUGGUGAUGUGCGCAACACCGCCAAUGUCCACGUUCCUGAUCUGGCUCGAGCAGCGUCGAGCAGCUGGACUUCUCUCAGCGUCAAUCCUGACCUGCCGUUCGACACGGGUCUUGACAUCAACUCGGGUGACAUCGAUGGUGAUGGCUUGAUCGACAUUGUGGUGGGCGGAAAGCUGCCAAGCAGCACAUACCGCAUGGUCUGGUCGCGUACGACCUCGUUUCCGGUUACGCCGCUCUUAUCGGUCGUCAUCGCCGACGAGGCCACUCCUACGCACGUACUUGACGUGGAUGGCGACGGCGAUGUUGACAUUGUCAGCCUCUACAAGAAGACCAUGAGCUUCCACAUCAAUGCCGACGGCGUCGGCACAGCCUGGCAAGCCCACACUCUUCCACGGCAUGGCAGUAUCGCGUUGGACAUGUUCUCGAGCCACUUCAAGACAAUCGACUUUAACAACGAUGGACACAUGGACCUGAUCGAUACCGACGGAACCAACCUCCAGUUCUGGAUGAAUCGUGGCGAUUUCACCUUUGAUCCCAACCCGGUCACGCACUUUGACGGCUACGUUGUCGACGUUGGCCAGUGGAUCCGUCUCCACGACACCAUCGAUGUCGACGGCGAUGGCGGAGUCGAUCUCCUUGUUGCUGAGGGAAGCACUUAUCCGCUCUCUAUCUUGCGGUCGGUGAGCAACAUGACAUCUGAAGCCCCGGUAGCAGUUACGCCCAAGCACUCGGGCGCUCUCCACCGAGUUAUCGUCGCCAGGGUCAACGACGACGCGUACGACGACAUCGUCAUCGGCGACUCGAACAGGAUUUCCUUUAUGCUCAACAAUGGUUCAGGCGGCUUUCAUCCUCGGGUGGAGAUCGGGCUGCUUGAUGCCGUCUUUGUGGACGUCGUCCGGCUCGAGGAUCGUGUGGCAGUCGUCGGGGCAGAUACAAACAGCAGGAUCUACAUCUCGUACUCGCUAGAUCUCUCAACACCCGCCUUUGAGCCGCUGCUGCAGGUCGAUUCUUUGUCGGGCGUCUACGCGCUGGUGGCUGGUGACUUUGACGGGGACGACUCGAUCGAUAUCGUCUCCAACUAUAUCCUCAGCAGUACUCUCCGGGUCUACACGCGCGCCACCCGGACUGCACUCUACUCGUACGAACCACGCUCGGUGGUGUAUGAUCCUCACAUGGACGGAUGCCAUUACGGGCCGACGUCGGCCAGCUGCAUCCUUGCCAAUAUGGCCCGGCUGCGCGUCUGCUCCCACGACGUCCUCCUCCUCCCGCCUGGUCGGUACGGCUGCCGGCGCGAUGCGCACUUUCAGAUUGCUCGCCCGAUCAGCUUUGCGGCACAGAUCCCGGGCACGGUGACCUUUGACUGCGAGUCGGGCGCCAACGGCGCCGUCCUGUUUCGGGCAGUGUUUAACUCGAUUACGCGGGGAGUAGGUACAACGCUCGCACUUGAGUCAAUCAAUAUUAGGGGCAUGACGACGACCGCCAGCAACAUCCAUGGCGCUCCGGGGCUCCGGAUUGAAGGCGCAGAUGUGACGAUCAAGCUCACCCACGUCACCGUCUCCAACUCGAUCAGCGAGCCGCUGUCGACAGGCAACGCGGUGCUUGACGUCGGUCGCGGCGGAGCAAUGCUGGUGUCCGAUGGCGCGUCGGCCGUCCUUCACAACGCCACCUUUUCCCACAACACCGCGUUCUCGUUUGGUGGCGCGGUGUACGUGCGGACGGCCGGCUCAUCGGUCAUUGCCACCGACUCGACGUUUGAGUCUUCAACAGCUGCCGAGGGCGGAGUCCUUGUUGUCGCCCAGAGCGCAGCAGCGUCGCUUACGCGAUGCACACUGGCCCACAACAUGGCCAGCGGUGCCGGUGGCGGUGCGAUCUCGGUCAACUCGCUCGCUACGCUCUCCAUGAUCGAGUCGGUGGUGAGCCGCAACAUGGCGCGCGGCUCCAACGGCGGCGGCGUUCAGGUCAAGGGCACCGGGACGGUGACACUCACCGCAUGUCGGAUCGAGGACAACACGGCAGUAUUCGGCGGCGGAUUGGCAGCGGUUGCCUCCGACUUGCAGUUUGCGGCGAGCGCGGCGACGACGUCGGCGCAGCUGCCUGUGGCGACCGGCGCGUUGGCUGCCGCCGCUGAUCGAGCGAGUGGCAUUGCUGCCUCUGUGGCUCUACGGAACACCAACAUGACCGGCAAUGUGGCGACAGCCAAGGGCGGCGGGUUGUUUGCUUGCGGGAGUCCGAUCGAAGUCUCGGGCACAACGUCGGUGCUCGCCGGCAAUGUGGACGCGAUCAGCGCGAUUGCCUCGGACGCGCUGUUGUGCGCCGCAGAUGGCUUUGCACCAGCCACUGGCUCAGCGGCGCAGCUGCCAUGGCUAAGGAUGACCGACGAGGACUACAGUGCCGUGAUUGCGGGUCGGGCGGCUGUUGGCGGCCCUCUUGUUCGAUUCGAGUGGGUGACACCGCCAGCGUCACGGCUCGAUUCUGGCCGUGCGUUUGACGGCGUGUUCCGCGGACUGGACACCUUUGAUCAGGCGCAUGUCGAGAUUGCACAAGAGCUACUGAUGAGCAGCGGAUCAGAGGUUGUGGUUGUGUCGGGCGCGCCGCAGUCGACGCUCGACGCUGUGCUUGCACUGCCGCCGGAUGUGCGGCUGCUGGCCAAGAUGGAGUUUGUCGACGAGCUGCCGACCGAGGUGGGCUGGACUUUGAGCGCGACUGGCGCGGAAGCGAUCCGACUGGAAGGCACGCUGACGGUGACAUUGUGUGCGGCAGGGUCGGGUAAGAGAGGCUUUGCGAGUGGGGUUGAAGUGCUCGAGUGCGCAUGCCCGGCGAACACGGUGGUCUCGACUGGCUCGGCAAACAUCACAGCCGGGACAUGCGUGUGUGUGGCCAACACGUGGUCACCAUCGGGGUUGACCAACAUGCCGUGCGAAGCGUGCCCGACCGGAGCUCUCUGCGAUGGGGUGCUCGCCAAACCGCGAGCGGCUCCUGGGUUUUAUCCAGAUGGCGGAGCGUUUGUGACGUGUCCGACCGAGGGCGCGUGUCUUGGGAAUGGGCGCUGCGCGCCGGGCUACACCUCGCGGCUGUGCGCCAAGUGCACGGAUGGCUACUAUCGGCUUGGCGGGAGCUGCCGCAAGUGCGACAGUGGCAAGAAUGUGGUUGUGGCAGUGCUUGUCGUCGUUGUUGCCCUCGCCAUCACCGGCGCCUUGUAUGCAUUCUCGCUCGCAGAAAGCGUGCGGUACAAGUUUGUGGCGGCGAUGAUCGGCGUCAACGCGCUGCAGAUCUCAGCCCUGUACGGUAGACUCGACCUUGAGUGGGGUCCGAUUGCCGAUGUAUACUUUGACUUUGCAUCGUCGCUCAACCUCAACUUUGAGCUCACCUCGCCCGAGUGCAGCGUCAUCAAGGGCACCGAUGUGUGGGUGCUCAAGUGGGUGCUUGCGCUGAUGCUUCCGGCCUUUGCGGCGAUGGCGCUUCUGGUCAUCGCGGUUGCACUAUACUUUGCCUCUAAGGCCGGCCUGGUGUUUGCCGGCAAGACGUUCGGCGAGUUUGUGUCGGGCUACGGGCGGACGAUGUUCCAGAUCCUGGUCCUCCUCUACCUGCCCCUCGCCGGGGCGGCAUUCUCGAUCUUUGGCUGCCGCGAGGACGAGGCAGGCAAGUGGAUCCUGGACGCGGAUCCGUCGCGGACGUGCUACGACUCGGCAUGGUGGUCGCUGUUCCUCCCGGGUAUCAUUGCCGUGGCCGUGUACGGGAUCGGACUGCCCGGGGCGGUGGUCUGGGUGCUGGCGCGGAAGCGGAGCCGAAUGGAUCCUGUGACGUUUAUGCUCCGGUUCUCGUUCCUUGUCUCGCGAUUCCGUGGCGAUCACUGGUGGUUCGAGACGGCGAUCAUGGUGCGCAAGCUCUUUGUUGUGAUCUGCAUGACAUUCCUGUACACACCCGAGGGCAAGGCCAAUACUGCGGUGUUUGUCCUUGUCUCGGCAAUUGUACAGCUCGCGAUGAGCCGGCCGUACCUGUCAGAGUUCCACAACUCGCUGGCGCUAGUGGUGCUCGCGGCAACGACGACGGUUUUGUUUGCUGGCACGUUUGACGACGCGACAAUGCGGAGGGUCGGUGUUAUCGGCGGCAUUGUGAUCAACGUGAUCGGCAUUGUGGGUGGCAACGCGAUCGAUGCGUGGCUCAUUGCCAAGCGCGAGGCCAAGGACGAGGAAGAGUUUUGCUCCUCGGGCGAGCUCGCCAACAGCCGGGACUUUGAGGCCGAGAGUACGAGUCAUAUGUCAACCGGGGUCGAGCUCGAUGAGUACGCGACCGAGCCACCCAUGGCCUCGCUCCGUAUGGAUGACACGUUGUUUGCAACGGAUGUCUCCACCAACCUAGCUAGUGUGCAUGCUCCGCCACCUCCCGCGACGAUGACGGCGACAGCGACGGCAACAGCGAUCCCGAACCGCCUGGACACUGAAUACGGCACCGUGGGCUGCGACAGCUCGCCAUAUAACUCGCAUAUUGCGUCGACGGAUGUGUUUGACUCUCAGGUGUGA